AUGGAUGUAAAAGUGGAAUGUGAGCGUAUUAGCAUUCUGUGUCACGGUUGUUUAACCGCUGACCGAAGACUUCGACUUAUCGAUGGGGAAACAAGACAAAUGUUCUAUGAACUUAGAGAUGGUACAAAUUUCGUUAAACAACGUUGUGAACUGCUGUUAUGUUGGGAGUGUGUGGCGUUUUUGCAAAAGUUGAAAGUCUUCCAAGCAAGGAUUAAAACAGCACAGUGCCUGCUGAUGCAGUAUCUACAAUGUUAUUACAAAAAUGAAAAGAUGCAUUACCCUGACUCGCUGUCGUUAUUGAACAGAAUUCAUAGAAACACAUACAAUUUUGAGUUUUAUGAAGAAGAGAAAAAUAAAGAUGAUAUACCCAAUGGUGUUGAAGUAAAUAAAGAAAAGAAAAAAGAGGAUAAUUUACCCAAUCAUGUAAUCAGCAAACAUAAAGAAAAUAAGAAAGAUUUAACACCAGAAGACUUACUACCAAGUAUAGAAAUCAAAACGGAAUAUAAUGAUAGUAUAAAGGAAGAAUACAACUGCAGUAAUGAUAAUGAUUCUGACUAUUACGAGGGUGUACUACAAUUUGAACAAGAAGAAUCUGGGGAAAAUUCUUCUAAUAUAAAAAAGAAUUCUCAUACGAAAUACAAAAAUAAGAAAUACAAUACAUUUGCGGAAGUUACAAAGAGAACGGAUGUAACAAAGACGAAUUACAUGCAGUUUUCUGAGCCGGUCUCUUUAGACAAGAGAGAAUAUGAGAAGAUAUUAAUAAGAGAUAAAGAACGUUAUGGUUACUCGAGGAUGCCUUUUAAGUGUGAGGACUGCAGAAUGGGAUACUUUAAACGAAUGGAUUUACAAAGGCAUAACAGUAGUUGUCACAGCCAUAAGUUCCCAUAUAAAUGUGCUGCCUGUCCAACUGAGAUGACAUCACUGGAGCACCAAGACCAGCAUUGGGCAGAUCUCCACUCUACGGUGUACAAGUGUACCCUCUGCUCCGAAGUACACCAAUCCAGUUUUGAAGUUAAGAAGCAUAUUAAAUUGGCACAUACCAAGAAUUACACGUGCAGAACGUGUAGCCAGGAAUACGGGAGUUUACGGGACUUCAAAAAUCAUUACAAAACUAUGCAUGAGAAGAUAGUGUGUGAUUAUUGUAACAAUGACUUCACGAAAAAGAGGAGUUUGAUAUCGCACAUGAAGCGCCACCACAUCCCAGCAUUCUGCAAGAUAUGCAACCGUUAUUACACAAAUCACAAAUCCUUUAAAUACCACAACCAAGUGACACACCCGGAGCUGAUGGCUGGAGAAACUCGCAAGGAGCUGUCGUAUUGCGUCGAGUGUGACAAGCAGUAUCCAAGCGUGUUUAAGUAUCGCAGACACCUGCAGCAGUCUCCUAAGCAUACGCAGCCGAAGAAAAUCAGGGUGCCGUGUCCCGACUGUGGCAAGAUCUUCACCAGAACCAACUUUAUGAGGAAUCAUUACAAAUUCGUACAUUUAAAGGUCACCAAGAACUAUUGCGACCAAUGUGAUAAGUACUACACCACGGGUUACGGUCUCCGCAAACACAUUGAGAAAGUUCACAAAAAGAUUGCGCAGCCCAAAGACAAGAUAUGUGACAUUUGUGGACGAGGGUUUGGAACGAAUAAAAUUCUAGAAAACCAUCGUCGCACUCACACAGGAGAGAGGCCAUUUAAAUGCAAGUACUGUCCAGCCGCGUUCGCUCAACAGACCGCCAUGAAGACACAUCAGAAGUCACAACAUAAAAACAUAGAGAUGUCCAGUUAA